CCAGAACCAAACGCAGUCGUUUGGAGCAAAUAUUCGCGGUUCAGUCUUCUCUCUUUGCCUCUCCCUUGAACUCAGAAAAGACUGAAACUCAGCAGCAGCUAUGGCCGCCUUAACCAAAUCAAACCUCCCUCUCCGCCGCUUUCUCUCUCCUCUCUCUCAACGAAUUCUCAAUCCCUCUUCUCUCUCUUCAGCUCCAGAGCCUCAUCUCCAAGACGACGACGACACUUCCCAAACUGCCCCCAACUUAGCCACCGACGAAACCCUAAUCGCCGACACAUUCCACUCCCUAAUCAAAGACCACCACCGCAACAACCCUAACGCUGACCCCAACCCUACUCCUCCAAACCCUACCUACACAAUCCCUUCUCUCUCCUCCGACUUCUCCCAACUCUCCGCCGCCGCCUCCAUUUCUCCGGCCGUCGUCCGCCGCGUCAUCGAGAAAUGCGGCGGCGUCCGCCACGGCAUCCCCGUCCUCCAGGCCCUCGCCUUCUUCAACUGGGCCACGUCACGCGACGGCUUCGAGCACAGUCCGGGGCCGUACAACGAGAUGGUCGACCUCGCCGGAAAGGUGAGGCAGUUCGAUUUGGCUUGGCACGUGAUCGACUUGAUGAAAGCUCGGAAUGUUGAAAUUACGGUGGAGACAUUCUCGAUUCUUGUGCGCCGGUACGUGAGGGCCGGAUUGGCUGCGGAGGCGGUGCACGCGUUUAACCGUAUGGAGGAGUAUGGCGUCAAUCCUGAUAGGAUUGCUUUCUCGGUUGUGAUUGGGAUUCUCUGUAAGAAGAGAAGGGCAAGUGAAGCGCAGGCGUUUUUCGAUAGCUUGAAGCAUAAAUUCGAGGCUGAUGUGAUUCUGUACACUAGCUUGGUUAAUGGAUGGUGUAGAGCUGGGAAUAUAUCAGAGGCAGAGAGGGUGUUUAGGGAGAUGAAGGCGGCGGGGAUUGAGCCGAAUGUAUAUAGUUACAGCAUUGUGAUAGAUGCCUUGUGUAGGUGUGGACAGAUUACUCGCGCUCAUGAUGUUUUCGCGGAGAUGAUUGAUGCAGGUUGCAAUCCCAACUCGAUCACUUUUAACAAUCUAAUGAGAGUUCAUGUGAAGGCUGGACGAACCGAAAAGGUGUUGCAGGUUUAUAAUCAGAUGAAGAGGUUGGGAUGCAAUGCGGAUUUGAUUACUUACAAUUUUCUUAUAGAGUGUCAUUGUAAGGAUGAGAAUGUUGAAGAGGCUGUUAAGGUGCUGAAUUUGAUGGUGAAGAAAGGCUGCAGCCCUAAUGCAUCGACUUUCAAUCCCAUAUUUCGGUGCAUUGCAAAGCUGAAGGAUGUGAAUGGUGCUCACAGGAUGUACACUAAGAUGAAGGAUUUGGAUUGCAAGGCGAACACAGUGACCUACAAUGUGUUAAUGCAGAUGUUUGCGGAGUCAAAGUCGACUGAUAUGGUGCUCAAGCUGAAGAAGGAGAUGGAUGAGAAUGAAGUGGAGCCUAAUGUGAAUACGUAUAAGGUCUUAAUCUCUAUGUAUUGUGCAAUGGGGCAUUGGAACAACGCUUACAGGUUCUGUAGGGAGAUGAUUGAGGAGAAAUGCUUAAAACCAAGUAUGCCGGUUUAUGAGAUGGUUCUGAAGCAGUUGAGGAAUGCAGGACAGUUGAAGAAGCAUGAGGAAUUGGUGGAAAAAAUGGUUGACAGGGGCUUCGUUACUCGCCCAUUAGCAGUUUAGAAUGAACCAGUGGCUGCUUUGCUUUUGUAUUAGUAAUGAAACAUUCUUCCUGUUUUUAUGAAUUUCAGGUGUAGGUUUUAUUUUUGUUAUGCUAGUACGCUUGGACACCAAUUUUGAUGUUCUUUUUCAAACCACUGUAACAUAUCUGAGAUUCCUGUAAACGUUCAUAGCAGAUAUAACUUUUUAAUAUCUGAGCUUAGAAUGGCAAUCA